GCUUAAGGGAAAUACCUCCAGGAAGGAGGGUCUCGGGUGGGAUCCCAAGUGGGGAACUAGGCGGACUUUUCCAUAGGGAGUUGGGGUGGGCUCUUGAGUGAGGGGCUAGGGGCUCGUCUCUGGGGUCAAAGACGGGUUCCCCCGUGUGAGGGCGUGGAUCGACUCGGCGCUGUCUUGGGGUCUCGCACUCUCACCGCUUCGCACGGCUUCACGCCCCACCGCCCGCGACCCCCAGGCCUUCUCUCCCCCGGGCGCCCACUCCUUUCUUGGGAAGAGCAGCCGGUGCUGGAGGGCAGAGACUGCCCCAGGGGCGGAGCUCCCUCUCGGGGUCGGAGGUAGGAAAGUGCAGAGCUGCCGGGGUCGAGGCACAGACUUCCCGGCGAGGCUCCUCCCGAGCGUCCCUCUUGCCAGCCAGGGUCGCAGUCGCAGCGGCGGCCGCAGUUCUUAGCCCGCAGGAUUUGCAAACUCUUACUACACCCUUCUCCCCCAUUAGGAACUUUUCCUCCCUCCUUCUCCCCAACCCCUCUGUCCUCCUCACUUUGGGGAAUUUAAUGCUUUCUUUAGCAUCUUUUUGUGUGCUUGAUCUAGGGGACGUGACACCCCAGAGUUCCAACUAUCUCUCAGCUGAAUUCUACUUUUGUUUUUAUGUCUUCCUCGCCUCCUCUCGUGUCCCUUUUAUCUGACUGAUCUGCGAAGUCUGAUGCUUCUGCCAGAGGAAGAGGAAUAAAUAGAUGCUGCUGCCUCCGAAGGCUUAGAAGUUGGGAAAGAGCAGCCUGGGCGGCAGGGGCGGCGGCUGGAGCUCGGGGGGGAGGCGGAGACGGCGGAGCGGGCCUCUCAGCGUCCACUGCGCGGCUGCACCCUGCCCCAUCCUGCCGGGAUCAUGGUCUGCGGCAGCCCGGGAGGGAUGCUGCUGCUGCGGGCCGGGCUGCUUGCCCUGGCUGCUCUCUGCCUAUUCCCGGUGCCCGGGGCUCGGGCUGCAGCCUGUGAGCCCGUCCGCAUCCCCCUGUGCAAGUCCUUGCCCUGGAACAUGACCAAGAUGCCCAACCACCUGCACCACAGCACUCAGGCCAACGCCAUCCUGGCCAUCGAGCAGUUCGAAGGUCUGCUGGGCACCCACUGCAGCCCCGAUCUGCUCUUCUUCCUCUGUGCCAUGUACGCGCCCAUCUGCACCAUUGACUUCCAGCACGAGCCCAUCAAACCCUGUAAGUCUGUGUGCGAGCGGGCCCGGCAGGGCUGCGAGCCCAUCCUCAUCAAAUACCGCCACUCGUGGCCGGAGAGCCUGGCCUGCGAGGAGCUGCCAGUGUACGACCGGGGCGUGUGCAUCUCUCCCGAGGCCAUCGUUACUGCGGACGGAACUGAUUUUCCUAUGGAUUCUAGUAAUGGAAACUGUAGAGGGGCAAGCAGUGAGCGCUGUAAAUGUAAGCCUAUUAGAGCUACACAGAAGAUUUAUUUCCGGAAUAAUUACAACUAUGUCAUUCGGGCUAAAGUUAAAGAGAUAAAGACUAAGUGCCAUGAUGUGACUGCAGUAGUGGAAGUGAAGGAGAUUCUAAAGUCUUCUCUGGUAAACAUUCCACGGGAUACUGUCAACCUCUAUACCAGCUCUGGCUGCCUCUGCCCUCCACUUAAUGUUAAUGAGGAAUAUAUCAUCAUGGGCUAUGAAGAUGAGGAACGUUCCAGAUUACUCUUGGUGGAAGGCUCUAUAGCUGAGAAAUGGAAGGAUCGACUUGGUAAAAAAGUUAAGCGCUGGGAUAUGAAGCUUCGUCAUCUUGGACUCAGUAAAAGUGAUUCUAGCAAUAGUGAUUCCACUCAGAGUCAGAAGUCUGGCAGGAACUCGAACCCCCGGCAAGCACGCAACUAAAUCCCGAAAUACAAAAAGUAACAUCAGUGGACUUCCUAUUAAGACUUACUUGCAUUGCUGGACUAGCAAAGGAAAAUUGCACUAUUGCACAUCAUAUUCUAUUGUUUACUACAAAAAUCAUGUGAUAACUGAUUAUUACUUCUAUUUCUCUUUUGGUUUCUGCUUUUCUCUUCCCCCAAUCCCUUUGUAAUGGUUUGGGGGCAGACUCUUAAAUAUAUUGUGAGUUUUCUAUUUCACUAAUCAUAAGAAAAACUGUUCUUUUGCAAUAAUAAUAAAUUAAACAUGCUGAUACCAGAGGCUGUUUGCUGGAGUCCCCAGAUGUUAAUUUACUUUCUGCACCCCACUUGGGAAUGCAAUAUUGGAUGCAAAGAGAGGUUUCUGGUAUACACAGAAAGCUAGAUACGCCGUAAAACACACUCUGCCGAUCUAAUUACAGCCUUAUUUUUGUAUGCCUUUUGGCCAUUCUCCUCCUGCUUAGACUUCCAAAUGUUUAUAAAGGUAAAAUGGCAGUUUGAAAUCAAAUGUGACACAGGCAAAGCAAUCAAGCACCAGGAAGCGUUUAUGAGGAAACAACACACAAGAUGAAUUAUUUUUGAGAUUGGCAGGAAGCAAAAUAAAUAGGAGCUUAAGAAAGAACAUUUUGCCUGAUCGAGAAGCACAACUGAAACCAGUAGCCGCUGGGGUGUUAAUGGUAGCAUUCUUCUUUUGGCAAUACAUUUGAUUUGUUCAUGAAUAUAUUAAUCAGCAUUAGGGAAAUGAAUUAUAACUAGACAUCUGCUGUUAUCACCAUAGUUUUGUUUAAUUUGCUUCCUUUUAAAUAAACCCAUUGGUGAAAGUC